GUCCUGAGAGAAAAUUUCGAUUCCAACCCAAAUUUCCGCGCCUUUUCUCGGCGUUCCUCUUCAGAUCGGAGGAGAAGCGCAGCGCCCAAAAUCGGCUGCCAAUUUUAAUUUACUCCUUCCAGGUACAUUUGCAAAACCCUAAUUUUGAUCCAUUGAAUCGAUCGCUCAUCGUUCGAGCCAGUCAAUGCGAUUCGCUUCAACAACUGAGCACGUUCUGUGCAAUUUAUGCAUUCAUACCGUCUGGUUUUUAUGAAUUUGCAACCUUGAUUGUCGGAUUCCACUGUUUAAUGAGAGAUUGAAAAAAGUUGUCGGCGGGAAAAAAUUGUGUGUGCGUUCUGUUCUUCCUUUUAUUGUUGUAGAAUUUUAGAUUCUCGAUUCGAUAAUUUAUGGUGAGGGAGCAAAAUAUCGAAUCGUUUUACAGUCGGCUGAGAGAAUCCGCCAUGGGUUCAUCUUCGUCUUCUCCCCUGCUUAUUUUCCCCUCAACUUCAGAUGUAGAUUCACUCUGUGCAUUGAGAAUUAUAGGACACGUUCUCGAAUCCGAUUCAAUUAGAUAUGCUUGUUAUCCUGUUUCUAGCUUCAAGGAAAUCCACAAGUAUGCAGGUCCAAAUUUGAGGUCAGCCUCAGAUGAGCCUAUAACAAUUCUGUUGAUCAAUUGGGGUUGUCAUAGAGAUCUUAGGAAGGAUCUGGAAAUCGGACAUUCAGCUAAGGUAUUCGUCGUCGACAGCCACAGGCCGAUCCAUCUACACAAUCUGAACAGUCAGAAUGAUCGAGUAAUUGUCCUCUACACCAAGGAUGAUGAACAUCAAGCUGAUCUAGCAUACGAUUUUGAUGUAUCAGCACUCGCUAACGCCAGCGAUAUGAACAGCGAAGACGAGAUCGAAGAUGAAUCAGACAGCGACGACGAAAAUGGGAGUGAUAGCGACGACGAAGGCGGUCGCGAUGCUAGUAGAAAGAGGAGAAGAUUAUCAGUCGAGGACGAGACGAAUCCGGUUAAGCUAUUCAGAAAAUUAAAGCGUGAGUAUUAUUACAUGGGGACGUUCCAUGGGAAGCCGUCGGGUUGCUUGAUGUACGAGCUUGCCCAUUCGUUGCGAAAGAAUGUAAACGAGCUACUCUGGCUGGCCUGCGUCUCCUUAACCGAUCAGUUCGUGCACGAGAGAUUAACCGACGAGAGGUACCACGCCGGCGUAAUGGAACUCGAGCAGCACAUCAACAGCUCAGGCAAUCUCGACGCAGUUACUUCCGUCACUCUCAAGGACGGGACGAAGGUGAUGGUUCCGGAUGCUUCUAGAAUCGCCUACGAGGACGAGCCGAGGCUGAUGCUUCUGCAAGAAUGGAACUUGUUCGACUCAAUGCUUUGCUCGUCGUACAUCGCGACAAAACUGAAGACGUGGAGCGACACCGGAUUGAAAAAGCUGCAGCUUCUUUUAGCUCGAAUGGGGUUCGCGAGGGACGAAUGCAAACAGAAAUUCCAGUACAUGAACGUCGAGAUCAAACGGAGCAUGAAAGAAAUGUUUGAACGGUAUCUCCCUGAGUUCGGGCUAACGGACUUUUAUUACCGCGGCUUCUUGCUUCUACACGGCUACAGUUCGAAAGUCUCCGCGGCAGACGUUGUCCACGGAGUCACAGCCCUUCUAGAAUCAUCCGUCGAACCCGAUGGCUCCUCCGGGUCGAAGCAGUUCGGGAUAGCGUACGACGCCCUGUCGUUAACGAAGCUCGACAAGCUCGAAACGGGAAUGCUGCAGGCGAUUAAGGUGCAACGGGCGGUUCUUCGACAGGGCAGCACGGCGAUUACGAAAAAAGGAUCGAUAAGAAGCGGGAGCAAGUUUCGUUGGGUGAAACUCGAGGACUCUGCCGACGCAACUCUGCUAUGCCACCCUCAAGCUUUGACGAAAUUCGGGUACUUUCUGAUGGACGCGUUACGCGAAAAGGGCGCGAGGAUGAAGCCUCUUGUCUGCGUUUGCUACAUGGAGGAACACCAGAAGGUUUUGAUCGUCGGCGUUUGCGGGAAGCCGCGGCUCGGCGCGGUUCAGGGGAAUGCUUUCGGGAUUGCGUUCCGGAGCGCGGCAGCGGAGACGGGAGCCGAGUAUUUUCACGAGCUGUUCGAGUCUUCGUGGAUUGUUUUGGAAGCUGCUGCUGUGAAUUCGUUUAUGAUCAGGUUGACACACAAGCUGUUGUGACUAAGGUACACUUGAUCUUUCUCUUGUAUUCUUCAUGUUUGUUUCUUUGUUAUUCUUUGAGAUUUGGAUGAUGUGUUUUGUUAUGAAUCUGCGACUGUUAGUUGUUUUUUUCACUUGAUAUGCAUUGUUCUAACUUCUCUGUGUGUUUGUUGUAAUGUUCGAAUAGAGCUUUUUAUGCAUUGAAUUCUUGAUGUAGGAGGAUUGAGUUUAAAUUUUAAUUUUAGGUUGCUUUUUUGUAGGUCUGCUAUGGUUUUCUGUUAGAUUUGGUUGAGUAUUUUAAAUAGAUUAAAUUAUUCAAUUCUAUCUCGUUCUGUCAGUUUAUUAGGAUGUCGGAUUUGUGUUGAUCCGCUUAAUAUUGUGUUGAAUUUGUGUUGA